UGGGUCACGGUGUAGUGUCCGCGCGUCCGUGUCUGCACACCAGGUAAACCAAUCAGUGACCGCGGCCAGGUGUGCAUUGAAAUUCCUUACGGGCAUAUAAACCCAGAAAUUCUAUAUCUGCAAGCACUGGUAACUGUUGGCAAGAAGAGAAACAUUGUGUACUGUGAAACGAGCUGUCAGUCAAGAGUGAGAGGCAAGUCGCAUGCAACACGCGCACGUGGGUUGGGCACAGAACAGAACAAAACUGGCGGCUUCCAGCGCGGUUCUGUCUUUUCACCACCCCGCGAGCAACAUGAUUAGGGGCCAGCAGAACACGCUCGUGUUGACCGCCGUAUUCCUUGGGACCCUAGCCUUGGCCACCGCCUUUUCCCUGGAGCCAUUUGCAGAUUCGCAGCCGUCCCCGGCCCGGACCCGCCUCCUUGAGCUGCUGUAUAACAUUGACGGCCUCUUGCAAGCCUCUGCACAUAGCUCCGACCUACCAGAUAACAUAAAGCUCGCCCAACCACGGGAUACAGACUUCAAAAGUAAAGGUGAGGGUGACCCUGAACUUGCUAAGAAGAGAGACAUGGGUGUCCUCCCGCCCUGGAACGAAUUUUGCCGGAUGAUGAGGAUAACGAACUGCUUCCACAGUCAACACUGAGCAUGCGCAAACCCAGCCAAUCAUAACACAGGAAAACAUUCGGUGCAGCUGAACACGGUGCUUGACGAGAUUUUAUGACUAUACGAGAGCUUGACGAGAACGGAGGAUGUUAUAAUGAAAGUGCUCUACAAACUUGCAACAGUGGAUUUCUCAAUAAAAUUAUUGAUUUAUAA